CGCGAGAUUACGUGGGGCGAGUUUAAGAAAAUGGAAGGUGAUGCUAGCUAGCCUAGCGAACCCACUCGCUGCUGGGGAAAAUUACAUUAGUAUCGAAGAGCACACAGCCUCGUGAAAUGAGAGCUUGCAAGUUCUAAAACCUGGUUGCAGCUUGGACAGCUUAUCUACCAUGGAUGUCAGUAUGGACACAGUGGAAAACAACAGUGUCACAGGUGAUGGUAAUCCAGAGGAAGAGCAGCAGCAGAGCCUUUUGGACGGGGCAGAGAAGAGUGUUAGACCGACCCUUUCAGAGGUUAAAAAAUCCUGGGGCUUUAGGCGGACAACCAUAGCUAGGAGAGAGUUUAUGGAAGAGAUUAUAGACCUAAACCCUAGUCCUCCACCUGCACGAAGGGCCAGAGGUCGCAGAGCCAAGAAAACACCCCAGACAACUCCUGGUACUGACAACCACGCUUCCCAAAGACCUACCCGUGCAAGUAGGAGUGUUAUAGAUGAACUAGAAUGGUCUGCUCCAUCCUCACCAGCGUCAGAGGACACAAAGCCAGUCUCAGAGCCCUGUGCUGGAGGGAGCCUCGACCCCAGCAUGUGGCAGGAUUUUGGAUCGGCCUUCCAUACUGCCUUCUCACUGCUAGGCGGGAAGGAGUCCAUGUCUGUGGAAAUGUCAGGUGAACUGGCUGCCCCUGAAGUUUCGGAAGCCACUGAUGGCAUGGAAACUCCUGCUUCAGUGACUACAGAUGGGACUGAGGUUCCAGAUAAUGUGGAAGCUACUGACGACAUGGAGACCCCAGAAUCUGUUGCCCCUGAUGAUGUAAUUGGAAGUGAAAUUGACAGCGUAGUGUUGGUGUCUAGUCAGGAAGACAGUGAUGAAAUGACUCUGAUGCAGCUUAAGCAGCAGCUGACCUCUAAAGGCAAACAGGCGGACACCAGAGCCAGGGGGGCAAGAGGGGCACGGGGAAAAGCCAGAGGGAAGGGGAGAGGGAGAGGAAGAGGCAGGGGAAGAGGGAGAGGAAGGGGGAGAGGGAGGGGCAGGGCAGCAGAGCUCGAGUCUAUCACUGCAGAUGAUGAGGAGGAGGAUGAUGAGGUGGUGCUUGUUAAUCAAGCUGAGCGGCAGCAGUUGCAGGAAGAGGAAAAAGAAAUUAGUCCAGAGAGACAUGGAGUAAUAGAGGUGUCUCAUAGUCCGACUGAGCAAUCGAGUUCUGACUGCAUAAUUAUAGACACUGAUGUAGACCAGAUUCCUGAUGUAUCACCAGGACAAUAUGAUGAUGCACCAGAGGAGGAAGAAGAGGAAAAAAAGGAGGAGGAGGGGGUGGAGGAUAGCAGUACAGAAGAAUACUCAACUAUAUCGGACAGUGAAGGUUAUAACCCCAACGCUCUGUACUGCAUCUGUCGGCAGAAACACAAUAAGAGAUUCAUGAUUUGCUGUGACAGUUGCCAGGAGUGGUUUCACGGCGACUGUGUUGGCAUCAGUGAGACGCAGGGGCGCAAGAUGGAGAGGAAAGGACAAGAGUAUGUCUGUCCUCCCUGCACCACCAAAAGGAAGAGCCAGCCCAAGCCUCCAGAGCCAGAACCUCACCUUAGCCUGACACUCAGUCCUCCUGGUGAAAAAACGGCAGAAGAUGAAAAACAGCAGGCCCUUGAGGAGACUGUGGUGGAGGAGCUUGAGGCAGCUAAGAUGGAGGCAACUAAGAUGGAGCCUGAGGCUGAGAUGGAGACUGACUGCUCCCUUCCUCUAUGCAUUGGACCUGGCUGCUCCAAACAUGCACUUCCAGACUCUGUUUACUGUGGCACCGACUGCAUUCUUCAGCAUGCAGCCCUUACUAUGAAGUCACUCUCGGGUGCUAAGGCGCCCAAGUCCAAGGGACGGCCUCAGAGAAAAGCUGCAGCCCCCAGACCCACUGCAAAGGGUCAAAGAUCGGGUAAGGUGAUUCAGAAGUCAGAGGCACAACCUGAAGAAGAGCAUGAAGAGGAGGUGGAGGGCGAUGGAAAGCAGAAGGAGGCUGCAUCUCCGUUAACCUGCGACCCCAGUCUCACUGAAGUUCAGGCCACUUCCAUACCAUCAUCUCAGUUUUACACAGCGUCCAAUAAGGACAGUAGAGUAGAGGCGGACAGUGAGGCUGUGACUCCUCUGAACCACUCUCCAGAGGACCCCUCUACAGGUGCUUCUCCCUCUUUUGGGCCUGUCACUGAACCGUCCCAGCCUCAGGGUGACACUCAUGGAACAGCAAAGAAGCCGUUAAAUAGCGGUGGUGUGUCAAAGAAAGAAUCUCUGGACUCGGCUCUCCCUAUACCAGCCACCCCUGCAAAAUCUAGUCCGUCUCCAGCCCCAGAGGCCCCAAGUACAUCAACCUCCAGACACGAGGAAACAGGGGCCCUUAGAGUAACCAAGACUUCUUUUGUCAUACCAAAGAAGCAGCCUGCACCUCAGCCUCCACCCAGCAGUGUACCUGCCUCAGCAUCAGGGGCGAAGCCCUCCUCAGCUCCCAUGCUGCUGAAUGAAACCCGUAAUCUGCCCGUGUCUCCAGCACCCAUUGCUCCGUCCUCCAGACCCUCUCAGCCCAACAACCUGGUCAGACAGAGCAUCCAGCGCUCGCUCACCAGCAUCCUGUUCAAAAGGGUUUGUGAUUGUGAGGAUUUGGAGAUGCCAGAGAGUGAAGUUGGAAAGCUUGUCAUGAACAUUGAGAUGGAGAUGUUCGACAUAUUUCGCAACACAGACAGCAAGUACAUGAACAAGUACAGAACUAUAAUGUUCAAUCUGAAAGACCCCAAAAACAAGGGCCUGUUGUAUCGGGUUGUACAUGGAGAAAUCAGUCCUUUCAGGCUGGUCAGGAUGAGCCAAAAGGAUAUGCAGGCCACCAAGGCGCCUGAACCAAGCACAAAGGAAACAACUGAGGUUAAGGACACAGCCACUAAAGCACCGAGUGUACUCCAGAAACCUGAAGCAGUGAAGGUUGAUUUGCCCAGUUUGAAUCCCACCAGAUCUGAUAAAAACUCGGAACAAAAGAAAAAUUUUCCUCCUGCUCUCAAAACCAAACCAAGUCAGCCAGCCCAGAACAGCUCAGUUCCAGAUAUUCUCAGCUGUAUGCUGAAGGACACAACAUCGGAGCACAAAGCUCACCUCUUUGACCUAAAAUGCAAGAUAUGCACAGGUCAGUUACCAGCUGAGGAGGAGGAACCUGUACAGAAAAAGGCCAAGAUUUCUGAUUCAAAAGAUAAGCGUGAAUAUGGCCAGUCCUGCUAUUCUAGCCUUGCACAGCCUUCAUGGAGAGGCUGUGCAGGAGAUGACUCCCCUCUACGGGCACCCCCUGACUCCCCUGACAUGGAUUCCCCAACAUCGCCAUUAAUGGAACCUGCAUCCAGCCUCACCAUUGAUUCCCCAGCCCUGUCCGUUGUGGAGUCUCCUACAUCCCCAGUAAUGGAUUCUCCAGCCUCUCCUGUUUUAGAGUCUCCUGUCUCUCCUGUCAUGGAGUCUCCUGCUUCCCCGACUCCAGACGCCCCUAAACCCAAGACAGGCACGAGAGCUUAUACACCAGUUGUAAUUCCUGCUGUCUCUACUGUAACCAUCACAAGGCGUGACCCCCGCACUGCGGCAAGCAGGUCAUCUGUUUUGCCCAGUGGCACCUCUGGUCCAGUGAAUACAGCUCAGAGCCAAUCAUCCCUUUAUACCCCUCUCAAAGACACUAGCCCUACCCCACCCUUGCCACCGCCUUCCUCACUGCCACAAACGUCAGUGUUACCGAAAUCUAUCUUAAUGAAGCCAUCCUCUUCAGCAGAUCCCAGACUCUAUGGUUCAUCUUCAAGGACUGUCGUGUCCCAUUCCCCACCUGAUGGUGAAACUGCCCAGUUUCUGGCUAAGCAAGAGAUUUUCUGGAAAGGCUUCCUAAACAUGCUCAAUGUGGCCAAAUUUGUCACCAAGGGAUAUUUGGUGUCAGGAUCAGCUGAAAAUCUUAAAGCGGACCUUCCUGACACUAUACAAAUUGGAGGAAGGAUCAUGCCUCAAACUGUGUGGGAGUAUGUUGCAAGACUGAAGACCUCUGUUAACAAGGAACUGUGUGUGAUCCGGUUUCACCCUGCAACAGAGGAAGAAGAGGUAGCAUAUGUCUCCCUGUUUUCCUACUUCAGCAGCAGAGGACGUUUUGGUGUGGUGGCCAAUAGCAGCCGUUGUAUCAAGGACAUAUACCUUGUUCCACUGAGUGCAAAAGAAGCUAUCCCGUCUAUAUUGGAACCUCUUGAGGGACCAGGGCUUGAAAAGAACCGACCCAAUCUUCUUCUGGGACUGGCAAUUACACAAAAACCAAAACGUCUAGGAAACUUCCAACAAGAAAUUGAGGAGAAGAGACCCAAAGUCCAUAUGACCAAAGACCCCAUGUGGAUCCCAAAACCUCCAGCCCUGUAUGGCUCUGACAAACUGGAGAUAUUCCAACCCUAUAAUCCAGAGACCCCUGUCAGCACCACCCCACCUGGUUCCCCUCCUUGCACGGGUUCACCAUCAGACUCAUCUUCCUCUGGCUCAGUUACCAUACCACCUCUGUUGACUUCCCUCAGAGCGACCCCUCCUGUCUCUGUGUCAACCUCUGUUACUGCCACUCAGUCCACCUCAAAUACCCUCUCUGACAAAAAUGUUGAUACCGCAUCUAGCAAUCACACUCCCCUUCAGACGAUCCUGAAGACUUUGUUUGGGAACAAGCCAUCCGACUCUGCCAUUGCCAUUGAGGAAAACACUGCAACAACUACAGUAGGUGCUAUGAAGGUCCCAGUGCCCCCUCAAGUGUCUGGCCCAAUGGUGGAUCCCAUAGUCCAACAGUAUGGACAGAAAUCCAAAGUCAAAAAGAUAGAGGAGGAGGAAAAUGAGUUUGACCGACCAUAUGACCCAGAGGAGGAGUACGAUCCAGCAAUGGGAUAUGGAAUGGUUGUCCCACAUAGAAUAGAAAAAGUGAAAACAGAUGGCCCUGCACCCUCAACUUUUGGUGAAGAUGAUGUGGCCUAUGAUCCUGAAGAUGAGACUAUCUUUGAAGAUAUGCAAAAUGAGAUGGAUGUACAAAAGACCUCUGGUCCUGCCCAAACUUUAGUUCCUACACCAUGCCCUGUCCCAAAUAACACAGGGACUGUAACACCAGUUUCCACUUCAACCACAGUACAAGCUUCCACCUCAGCCCCAGUCCUGCAAAACCUCCCUACAGGUACUGUGGUUAUCUCAGCUGCAACAUUGACUGAACAGCAACGGAUGCUUGAGGAGCUCAAUAAGCAGAUUGAAGAGCAAAAACGUCAGUUGAAAGAGCAGGAAGAGGCACUGCGUCAACAGAGAGAGGCCGUGGGAAUGUUCAUGGCUCAUUUUUCUGUUUCUGAUUCACUGAUGUCUCCCCCAGCAAAAUCUUUGCCUCCAAGUCAGGCCUUGUCUCUGCAGCAUGACACAAAUCAGUCAGAGCCAAAGCCUUCAGAACCAACAGACAAGACCAAUGACCCUACACAAUCUUUGAACAAUGAAAGUGCGAAUUCAGAAACUGUCAAGACAGAAAAUGCAACUACAGAUCCAUCUUUGGAAAAUGACACAGCUGUUGUUACAAAGCAAAAUGAAACACAGAAAAAUGCGAAGGAAAGUGACAAGUACUCCUCUGCUGGAGAGAUUGAAGACUCUGAUGUGGCCUACGAUCCAGAGGAUGAAUCACUCUUCAAUGAAAUGCAAGAGGAUGUAUUUCAAGGGGGAAGUAUGAAGAUUCGUGGCUCAUCAUUGUCUAGAGUAGGGCAUGGUGCCUCACAUAAGGGUACUUCAUACCAUGGCAGGAGGCGCAGGCAGUCGCCGAAGAGGCGGAGUCAUCGAGAAAGGGACCGCCACAGAAGCCCCUCAAGAAGGUCCCAGCGACGCUCUCCUUCCCACUCCCGAAGGCGGAAGGAAAGGGAUAGACACAGAAGAAGUGAAAGGGACAGAUCACGACACAGAUCAAGAGAUCAGUCUGAACGGCAGGCGCGCCAUCGUAGGGAUCAUUCCUCACGUCGUCAUUCUCAUGGACAUAAAAGAUCUCCAUCAUCCCCCACAAGAAGAGAUACUCACUCCUUUUCUCCAGGACAGCAAAGGGUGCCUUCUCCGCAAAUUGCUGAGGAAUCAAAAUAUUCAGAAGUUCUCAGUAAUACACCACUAGACUCUGCCCUUGAACCCGCUGCAGAGAGUGACACCUCAUCAUACACCCCUGUUACAAUCAAAAAUGACCCUGAUGGACCCAAUUCAAAAUGUAACCUUGUUGAGUUUGCAACUCCACAACAAAGACUUGACAAAGACUCUUCUCCAGUUCCACAUGAACAUCUAGCUAAUGUUAAGGUUGAGCAUGAAGACCUGCCAAAAUCCUUGGAGCCUCAAAAACAUUCACUCACUGAUCAUCACAACACAGACAGUGGCCCUCAACAAGAGUCUAUGCCCUCUCAGCAAGAUUUCAUGUUCAAAGACAAAAUUGAAAGUACAAUUCCUUUAAGAGAAAUUGAUCCCCCUAUUCGAGAUUCUCCUCAGAGCCCUGAUCCAGAGCCACAAUUUAUGAAGCCUAGUAACAUAAAAAUGAGGGACUCAGAUCAGGCAGAGGAAACCAAAGAUCCUGGGCCAGAUAUCAGUGCUUCAGCACCACAUGUGAGUGAAAUUGGUUGUCUGUUUACUGGAGGUCAAGCAACAAUAGCUGGUAUGAAAUGGCCUGGCAUUGGAGGGCCAGUUUCAGUUAUGGGAAGCCCAGAUAUUAUAGCUCCAGGUUUCAGAGAUAUGAAAGGUGUAGACAAGCAAAUGGAAAUGAGAGCUCCUGAAGAAUUAGAUCAAGGUUUAAGACAAUCAUGUUUAGGCACAGGCCGUGAUAACAGGGGCACAGGACAAGAUCCAAGAAGCCAAGGUUCAGAGAUGAGAGUACCCAACCAAGAUGUUGAAGCCCCUGGGAAGAAAAGUGAUAGCUCAGAUAGGAAAGGCUCAGAUGCAGACAUAAACAGUCAAGGUAUGAGAGGCCCAGGAACAAAUAUGAGAGGCUCUGGAAUGAAGGCAACAGGACCAGAUAUGAGUGGUCUAGGGAGGAGGAUCACUGGACCUGACUUGACAGGCCCAAGAAUUAGAAGUCCAGGACCUGAUAUCAGAGAACCAGGAAUUGGGGGCCAGGGACCAUAUAUCAUAGGGCCAGGAAAAAAGGUUCCACAUCAAGAUAUGAGAGGCCCACACAUGCAAAAUGUAAAACCAGACAGCUGGGGUCUUAGGUUAGACAUUAGAGCCCCAGACAUUCAAGAUCAAAAUCCAGAUAGAAUAGGAGCAGGACCAGUGAUGAGUUGCACUGGGUUGACAGGUUCAGAACCAGCUCUGGGAGGCCCAGGCACACAAGGUGUAAAUCUUGAAAUAAAUGAUCCCAGCCUUAGUAUGAGACACCAAGAGCAAGGACAAAGACAUGCUCUGGCUGCUACAUAUUCACAUAUGAGAGGAUCAGACCUACAGAAUGAGUGGAAAGCUCCAGGCAUAAAUAAUGCACAGUGUCAAACCAAUAGAGAUUCCAGGCUAGGUACGAGGGGUCCUUGGUCAGGUAAUACAGAGCCUGACAUUAGGGCUCCAGAAAUUAGUGGUCCUAGACCCGAUAUGAAUCAUCCAAGUCAAGGGAUGUGUCGUGUCUUGAGUGAGAAGAGAGGCCUAGACCCUAGUUGUCCACAGCCAGGUCCAAUGGGCUUAAGGUCAGAUGUAAACAGACCAGAGGUAGAAAUCCCACAUUACAGACCGGGUGUCAUGGAGGAAGGGAGAGGUACAUCUUUUAGGGGUCCACAGACAGAAGGUAGGGUGCCAAAUUCAAACCAGACAGACAUGAUGGAUUUCAGACCACAUAUGACAGAUGGAAGAUGUUCUGGUUUAGGUGAUGCAGGUGCAGAUGUAAGAGAUCGAGGAUCGGUUUUUGCAGGUCGUGGUCGUGGUCGUGGUAGAGGUCGAGGCAGAGGCCGAGGCCGUGGUUGGGCUAUCAGGGAGCACAGUCUUGAGGUUGUUAGAGGUGAGAAUCUGGAUAUUGGUGAUCCAGGAUCAGACAUGAGAAGUCAUGGUGCAGAUGGGAGAAAUCAGAAUCAAAACUUCAGAUGUCCAAGUCCAGAUAAGAGUGGAACAGGAAUAAACAUUCCAGGCCCAGGUGAAAGCUUAGGUGGUCCAAGGCCAGAUAUGAGGGGUCCAGGGUUAGAUUUGAGAAGCCAGAAUCCAGAUAUGGACACAAGACAAAAUAGGAGGGGUCCAAGUUUCAGAGUUUCAGAUGGAAGAGGCCCGAGUCCAGAUGGAAGGAGAAGGAGUCCAGGGCGAGGUUUAGGUAUUAGGAUACCAGGGCCAAAUGUAAGUGAUGAAAGGCCCAGUGUUUCAGGUGCAAGCCAAGAUUUGAGAGAACCUGGACAACAGGUUAGUGAGCCACAAACGGAUAUCCGAGGUGAAUGGAGUGGGCAUUUGCCAAACACGAGACAAUCAGAAAUGAUGCAUGAAUUUAGAGGGCCAGAUAUGCGAGGGGCAAGUUACAGGGUGCCUCAUCAAAAUAGGGGUGAUAUAAGUGGCCCACUUGCAAGGGUAGAAAGGAGCGGACCACAUGCAAGGAGCUCAGGGCAAGACAUUGGACGAACAUGUCCUGAUUUUGGGAGUGCAGACAUGGAAGGGCCAAAUAUGCAGGGUCCAUUGUUAGAUAUGAGGAAUGAACAAAUAGUUCAUGAAGGUCGAGGCCCCAAUACAGAUGUGAGAAAUCCAGACUGGAGGAGACAGGGGCCAAAUGUUUGUGGUCCUGAUAGGGAGGCUGAAUGGAGAGAACCACACCUUAUGGGUCCAGAAAUUAGGAGUCAAAAUAGAGGUUUCAGCCCACACAUGAGUGAUGAAUGGAGAGGGCCUGAUAGGAAAGGAUCAGGGCCAGGUAUGCAGGAUGAAUGGAGAGACCAUGGGCCUGAUAGAAGAGGACCUGGAGGUGCAGACUUCAGGGGACCAGGAGGUCCAGACUUUAGGGGACCAGGGCCUGACAGAAGAGGACCAGGAGAUCCUAACAUAAGGGGUCUGGGGCCUGAAAGGCCAGGCCCUAGUAUGGAGGGUCCAGGGCUUGACAGAAAAGGACACGUAGGCCCAAACAUCAGGGGACCAGGUCUCGAAAAGUCAGGUCCAACUAUGAGAGGUCUGGGACCUGAAAGGAGAGGACCAGGGGGUCCAGACUUCAGGGCACCUGGGCCUGAAAGGAGAGGUCCAGGAGGUCCAGACUUCAGGGAUUCAGGUCCUGAAUGGAGAAGUACAGGUUUUGAGGAUCCAGGACCUGGCCCAAGAGGACCAGAAGGUCCAAACAUGAGGGGACUGGGCCCUGAACAGGGACAUCCAUGCAUGGAGGGCCCAGGUCCUGAUAGGAGAGCUCCAGGAGGCCCAGACUUCAGUGGUCCAGGGCCUGAGUGGAGAGGUCCAGGUAUGGAGGGUCCGGGACCUGACCCAAGAGGACCAGAAGGUCCAAACAUGAGGGGACUGGGGCCUGAACAGGGACAUCCAUGUAUGGAGGGCCCAGGGCCUGAUAGGAGAGGUCCAGGAGGUCCAGAAUUCAGGGGUCCAGGGCGUGAAUGGAGAGGUCCAGGUAUGGAGGGCCCAGGGCCUGAUACAAGAGGACGAGGUUGUCCAAGCAUGAGGGGACUGGGAUCUGAAAGGAGAGGUCCUAAUAUAAUGGGCCCAGGGCCUGAUAGGAUUGGACCAGGAGGUCCAGACAUCCGGCGACCAGGGCCUGAUCACAGGCAUCCAGGCAUGGAAGGCCCAGGGCCUGAAUGGAGAGGUCCAGAAGGUCCAUAUGUAAGAGGGCCUGGGUCUGAUAAGAGAGGUCCAGAUAUGGAGGGCCCAGGACCUGAAAGGAUAGGACCAGGAGUUCCUGAUGUCAGAGGGCCUGGGCCUGAACAGAGACAUCCAGACGACAGGAGAGGUCCACACUUAAGGGGACCAGGAGCUGAAAGGAGAGGUCCAAUUAUGGAGGCUCCAUGGUCUGACAGGAGAGAUCCAGACUUCAGGGGGCCUGGCCCUGAAAGGAGAGUUCCAGAUAUGGAGAGCCCAGGGCCUGAAAGGAAAGGUCCAGACUUCAGGGGACCAGGGCCUGAAAGGAGAGGUCCAGAUGCUGAUGGCCGAGGGCCUGACAGGAGAGGACCAGGCGGCCGCGACUUUAGAGGACUUGGGCCUGAAAGGAGAAGUUCAGGCAUGGAGGGCCCAGGUCCUGACAGGAGAGAACAGGGAGGUCAAGAUUUCAGGGGACCGGGGCCUGAAAGGAGAAGACCAGCUAUUGAGGGCCCAGGGCCUGACUGGAGAGAAUCAGAGGGUCCAGACUUUCGAGGCCCAGGCAUCAGGAAAGGUCCAAAUGCAGAAGGCCCUAGACAUGAUAGAAGAGGCCCUAGAGAUGAAUGGGAAAGGGAAGACAUUAGUGGGCCUGGGACUUUUCAGGAAGGCCCAGAUAUGGAGGACCCAGGACUUGACAGGAGAGGUCCAAGAAAAAGGGGAGCAAGACUAAAUAGAAGAGAUGCAGGCUCAAGACCACCAGGGCAAGAUAUGAGCAGUGUAAAUAGGGAAGACGAAUGGAGAGGGCCAGGCGUCCAGGCCUCUGGACCUGACAGUAGAGGUACAAACAUGGAGGAAGUGUGGCCUGAUAGAAGAGGGUCAAAUAUGGAAGACCAGCGGCCUGAAAGAAGAGGCCCAGGAGAUGAAUGGAGAGGGCCUGGUAGGAGAGGUCCAGUAAAUGAGUGGAGAGGGCCUGAAAGAGGGGGGGCUGAGACAGAUAGAAUGGGCCCAGGACCAGAUUUUAGAGGGCAAAGAGAUCCAGACAUGAGAGGACCAGGGCCAGAUAUGAAAGGUCCAAAUAUGGGGGAUGAUUGGAGACAGCCAGACUUCAGGGAUGUAGGAUCAAACAGAAGAGGCCCAUGCAUGGAAGAAUCAGAAUCAGAACACAGAGGGCCAGGCAUGCGGGGUGAUUGGAGAGGGCCUGACAUAAAUCGCCAGGGCCCAGAUAACAGAGGUUUUGGGCCAGGUUUCAAGGGGGACAUGAGAGGUCCAAACAUGGAAGUACCUGGACCUGAUAGACGAGGUCCAAGAGGACCAGACUUCAGAAGCCCAGGGCCUGAAAGCAGAAAUCCAAACACUGAAGGCCCAAGGCCUGAUAGGAGAGGUUCAUGUGUACGAGAUGAAUGGAGUGGGUCAGAUAGUAGAGGACCUGGAUUUGAUAAAAAAGGUUCAGAGUUUAGGGGGCCAGGACCUCUAAGGCGGGGUCUAGGUGUGGAAAGCUCAGGAAUAGGAAGGCAAGGGCCAGAACAAGACUUCAGGCGGGAAAGAAGAGGUCCGGAUAUGGUCGGACCAGGGCCUGAUGGAAAAGCUUCACAGGUGCAUGAUGAAUGGAGAGGGCAAGAUUUAAGUGUGUCAGCACCUGAAAGACAAGUCUCAGAUAGAAGAGGACCUGGGCCUGAGAGGUGGAGUCUAAACACUGAAAGCGCUAGGUCUGACAGGAGAGGGCCACAUACGGGUUAUGGGCUGGACACAAUGGAACCUGAACCAGGCCUCAAGGAUAACAUGCAAGGGUCUGAUAUGAGGGGUGCAGGAUCACACAACAGGGGGCCGAACAUGAGGGGGAGGGAACCAGGGCUGAGAGGUCAACUAGAUAAAGAAGGAAGAGGCCUGGAUUUAAGGCAGUUAGAUAUGUUACCAUCAUCUCAAAUGAAUAGUCCAAGGAUGCUUUUGCACAAUCAAGGUACUUUAGAGACUCAGAGGGUUCAACAUGCACCAAGAUUCCAAGGUCCUAGUCAUCUAUUCUGCAGGCCCAUGGGUCCAGCUCCAGACAGUGGAGGGCAGUCAUCCCUUCGCUUUGACAGCCCACAGAAUCAGCCAACAGUAAGACCACAGAAACAUAGAGCUCCUUUGCUCCCCACUCCAACAGAAGGUCUCAUUCGCUUUCCAAAUCGUAUAAUCAGCAGCCCUGAUGCCUUCAAGAAACAACAAACUAGUAACACUACAGACUGUCAUGGAAGGGAGUGGAAUAGAGGUAGACCAGUGAGAGACCAAAGGGGACUGGACAGAGAAAUGGAGAGACAGGAGCAAGAGCGAAGCAGUGUUGGAGCCAUGAACACACCUGUAGGCACCAGCAAAGUAUGUGGAGAAGAGAAGGAGGGCAAUGAAACUGGUAAAAAUAGGUUUCAUGGUGCAUUUGAACAAACUAAAACCAAUCCAAGUAUGGACUGUGAUGGAAAUAAAACAAGAGAUGAGAAGCCACGGGAGAAACAUGCUAUAAAUGACAACACAGACACCCCUCAGGGCAGUAAGGUGUCUGCUUGACUGAGAGACUAAACAUGCAGAUAUGCUAUGGCAUUUCAGAGAAAUACCACUGCACUACACACUGAAUGUAUUUUGUGUAAAUAGUCCAAGUCUGAUUUAGGUUUCAUUUUUGACAACAAACAAAGCCAUGCAGAAGAUCAGACUUUCUGUAUCAUGGAGAUUGUUAUAAAUGUGUUUCAGUUCAUUAUGUUCUGGCUUGUGUUGUUUUAUACAAGAUAGAUUGUUUUAUUUCUGUUAUUGAUAAUGAAUGAAUCGCUCUUCAGCAUCAUGUAUCACGGUUUCUGUGUUGUAAAUACAAAUCAAUAUUUCAAGUCAAAAAUGUUUGUACAGUACAGUAUUUUUUUUUUCUAAAUACAGCCAUGGUGUUGUUAGUACAGUAGCCUUGAUCUGGCUUAUAUGUUCAGCUGUCUGCUCAUACAUAAUGGCUUUUUUCAGUGUUCUUUUAGAAAGCGAGAAGUCAAUAAACUGAGAAAGAAACCUUUUA